UUUAAAAACUGGAGGAAGGGUUGACGCAGAUUCACUGGUUCUUUUAACCCCAGUCCGUCGGCUUCACCCACAGCCGUCUCAUAAACGCUUUCCCUGGACGUUAUCCGGCUUUCUUACACAGCUUGCAUCAUGGACUCCCUCGAACCAGAUCAAAUUGAAACGCUCAGGAAGGCGUUCGAAUCCUUCGACACAGACAAGCAAGGCUACAUCACUUGCGACACCGUCUCUACCAUCCUGAGGAUGAUGGGCAUCAAGAUCUCCGACAAGAACUUGGCCGAAGUCAUCGCCGAGACAGACGAAGACGGCUCUGGCCAACUUGAGUUCGAGGAGUUCGUGGAACUUGCUGCCAAGUUCCUGAUUGAGGAGGACGAGGAAGCUCUGAAGGCCGAACUGAAGGAAGCCUUCCGUAUCUACGAUAAGGAAGGCAACGGCUUCAUCACGACCGAAGUCUUGAGGGAGAUCCUGUCUGAGUUGGACAACAGACUGACUCCCGAGGACCUGGACGGAAUCAUCGAGGAAGUCGACGAGGACGGGUCGGGGACGCUCGACUUUGACGAAUUCAUGGAGAUGAUGAGCGGCUAACUCAAGCGCCAUGUGCCUUCGCCGAGUUUCACUGACUCUCCAUAGGCCUCAAGCUCCGGAAUUCUUUUCCUGUGUCUGUUUUCUCACAGGAUAUUCCUCGUUCCUCCAAGAAGCUGGAGCUGAAACUUGAUCCGUUUUUUAGUUUUUAUUUUAAUUCUCUUACUUUUGCAGCCUUCCUUUAUUCCAGAGGCGGAUCUGUCACCAUAUUUUCCUAUAGAUUUUUUUUUAAUCUGUUGAGAGAGUUCCAUAAAAGUAAUAGGAUGUAAGUCACAUCAGCUUAGUGAUAAAUCUAAAGUCGUGCUCUCUCUCUCUCUCUCUCUCUCUCUCUCUCUCUCUCUCUCUGUGUGUGUGUGAUUGGGUGCUGUUUCUCUCUGUCAUGCUUUCAUAAUUGGUAUUGCCAAACAGAUAAUACAGUGGACAUUAUCAUCACAGUUUCAAAUAUACCCAGAGGUCGCAUUCAACUGCCAUACCACAUGAGUGUGCUAAUUCUGAAAAAAACUAUAUACACACAUAUACAUACAGUAUAUAAGUAUAUAUACACAUACACAAACACUGCAGUAAUAGUUGAUUUCCGUUUAUACACUUCAUUCUUAGUAUUAGAAGUUCAGUGUUGAAAUUUAAUGGCUAAAAUAAGACCAAGGUUUGAGGGCACAUCGUAUAUUAUUCACAAAUGAAGAGAUGCACAGUUUAAUUAAUUUGGUACCUCUGAAGUCUUUUCGUUUUAAAAAAUCUUUUCAAUGAAAAAUAUUUAGUAAUUUUUCUAAUUGCUUUUUUAAUUAAAGGUAUUUUUAUAAUAGAUUAGAAUUUCAUCUCCUAAUAAUUUUUGGUUAGUUUUAUUUGCUAUCUUUUCUAGUUGUAUAUUUUGAAAAUUAGUUAGUUUUAGUAUUUUCAAGUAACUUUUAAUCAAUUUAUUUAUCUUUAUUUUACAUUGUAGAUAGUGAUUUUCGAGCCAGUUCUAAAUAAUCUUUUAAUGCUAUUUUUUUGUUAGAUUAGAAUUUUACCCCCUAAUAAUUUUUGUGUAGUUUUAUUUCCUGUCUUUUCUAGCAUUAUAUUUUGAAAGUUAUUUAGAUCUGGUAUUUCCCAAUAACAUUUAAUUAACUUCUGUCUUUUCAUUUCUACAGUUUUUUAUGGAGAAGCUGUGAUUUUCUAACGAAUAAUUUUGUUUUGUUUUGUAGAAUAUUAGUUACAACGCUAUUUUAAAAUUAAUUAGCAAAAUUUUCCUAAUAGUUUUUUAUUUUUAUUUAAUUAUCUUUUUUAGAAAAUUAGAUAGUUAAUGUAAUUUCUGCACAUACUAAUCUACAUUUUAAGAAUUCCUUUAUAGCAUGUAAUAUUUAGUCAAUAGCAUGGACUUAUUUGAUAUGUAUUUAAUAGUUAUCAAUACCCAUGUGUCGUUAUAUACCUUUCAUAAGUAAACAAAUGUUUCUAUGCUGUUUUCAGUGUAUCAGCAUUGGACAUACAUUUCGUCUGAUAAUAAAUAAUUUAAAAUUUAAAGUAUCUCCGAGUGACUGAUCAUUUAAUUUUAAAUGUGCCAGUUAACCAUUAUGAAAUAGUACCAUUAUUACCAGUAACUAUCUUCUUAUAAAUUGCUUACAAAUUUUGUAUAAUGAUUAAUUACACUACAAAGAUAUCCUAGUCCUGUAAUUAACCUUCUUUCAAAUAAUUAUUAUCUAAUCCUUAUCUUAAUCGUUUUCCCUUACAAUGAUUCACACAAUUUCCAAAUAAAUAAUUUCAUCGUAAAUAUGGCUUUAGUGUAAUAUUAUUCUUUUGGUCGAAAACAGAUUUUUUUUUCUAUUUUGUCUCCGACUACUUAGUUUGCUAUGAGUUUAGAAAAAUUUGUGACCAUUAAGAAAAUUCACAUAUAAAAGAGGACUUAUUUUAUUUUUUUUUUUUAGGAAUUUUAAUCAAAUUUCUUUUGCCAAUUUUUUUCCAGUCAGAGUUCAUUCUAGCGAUGCCAUUAAUUUUCAAAUAAAUAAAUAAAUAAAUAAAUAAACAAAUGAAUGAAUGAAUAAAUAAAUAAAUAAAUAAAUUAAUUAAUUAAUUAAAAAAAUAAUUGAUUAAUACAAGAAAAAAAAUACCUUCAGUUUUCAAAAACUAUAACUAUUUCGGCACCUGUCUACGUUUCUCUCUUGUAAAUACUGAUUUUGCCUCAAUAAUAGUUACGCCUGUGGACUGAUGCCAGUAGUACAGUCAAGGUCUUGAACCAUUCUAGAACAAAUUCACUUAGACAUUAACAGGGAAACUGUAACGUUUACAUUCACACAAACAAGCGAUCUGUUUUGCAAGCGCUAACGCAAACCAAAUGUCAUGCUCGUAAACUUUCAUUCAAAUUAGUCUAUUGUCUCAAAAUGCCUGCUCUAGAUUAUCUGGCAAUUUCGUAAUCGCUUUUCUCUCUAACUCUCUCUCUCUCUCUCUCUCUCUCUCUCUCUCUCUCUCUCUCUCUCUCUCUCUCUCUCUCUCUCUCUCUUAAGAAUGCAGCCAUAAGUAACGAAUAUCAUUAUAGAAUAUGUGAAGUAUAAUAAUUUUAUUGAAGGUGUCUGGAGUAACUUGGAAUUAUUUAUUCAUACGAAACCUCAACAAAUUACCGAACCAGAUUCAAUUUUGUUUAUGUUCUGAAUAAAAUUUGCACAAAUUGUA